CAGAGGGGGAGGACGCGGGCGGCGGGGCGGGCGCUGCCGGCGGCCCCGCACUGGGGCCGGGUGGCGAGGUGCUGGUGCCCAGUAGCGGGGCCAACCCGGGCAUGCUGCUGCAUGCGGUGCAUGCCAGGACGUGGCUGUACCCCAAGGACAUGCCUGUGCGGCGCUACCAGUACGCCAUGGUUCGCUCCGCGCUCUUCCACAACACGCUGGUGUGCCUGCCCACCGGGCUGGGCAAGACGCUCAUUGCGGCCGUGGUGAUGCUCAACUACUACAGGUGGUUCCCCGGCGGCAAGAUUGUGUUUGUUGCGCCCACGAAGCCCCUCGUUGAGCAGCAGAUGAAGGCCUGCAAGGAGAAGACAUGCAUACCCAAGGCCGACAUCGUGCAGCUGACCGCUGCUCGCGGCGGCUCCACGGACGGCCGAGCCGCCGAAUGGGCCGCCCGCCGCGUCUUCUUCUGCACCCCGCAGAUCCUGGAGAACGACAUCGAAAAGGGAAUCUGUCCUAAAGACAAGCUGGUGCUGGUGGUGGUAGACGAGUGUCACCGGGCCACAGGCAAGAACGCGCCGGUGGCUGCCCUUCAGACCCUACGCGCCGAGCGCCAGCGGGUGCGCAUCGUGGGUUUGAGCGCCACCCCCGGCUCCAGCGACACUGCGGUGCAGGAGGUGAUUCGCAACCUGGGUGCCAGCAGGGUGGAGUUCCGGAGCGAGGAGGACGAGGACGUCAGCGUGUACUGCCACCGCAAGCAGGUUGACGUGCUGGAGGUGGAUCCCGACAACAUGCUGAAGCCCGUUGCGGAGGGCGUGGUGGCGCUGCUGCGGAGGGUCAACGACAAACUGCUGCGCUACCGGUUGGUGACCCGAUCUGACGCGGAGAAUGUGG